AUGAGUACUCCAUUUGGUUUGGAUUUCGGUAACGACAACUCUGUGUUGGCUGUUGCCCGUAACAGAGGUAUUGACAUCGUUGUCAAUGAAGUUUCCAACCGUUCCACCCCAAGCAUGGUUGGUUUCGGUCAAAAGAACAGAUUUUUGGGUGAAUCUGCCAAGACCAAGCAGACUUCUAACAUUAAGAACACUGUCGGUAACUUGAAGAGAAUUUUGGGUUUGGACUACGACCACCCUGACUUCCAAGAGGAGUCCAAGUUCUUCACUUCCAAGUUGGUCAAGCUUGAAGACGGUAAGAUCGGUACCCAAGUCAGAUUUGCUGGUGAGAGUACUACUUUCUCUGCCACCCAAUUGAACGCUAUGUUCAUCAACAAGGUCAAGCAAACUGUUGAGACUGAGACCAAGGCUAACAUCACCGACGUCUGUAUCGCUGUCCCAACCUGGUACACCGAGGAACAACGUUACGCUGCUGCUGAUGCCGCUAGAAUCGCUGGUUUGAACCCAGUCAGAAUCGUCAACGACAUCACCGCCGCUGGUGUCUCUUACGGUGUCUUCAAGACCGAUUUGCCAGAAGGUGAAGAAAAGCCAAGAAUCGUCGCCUUCAUCGACAUUGGUCACUCUUCUUACACCUGUUCCAUCAUGGCUUUCAAGAAGGGUGAACUGAAGGUUUUGGGUACCGCCUGGGAUAAGAACUUUGGUGGUAGAAACUUCGACCGUGCCAUCACCGAACACUUCGCUGACGAGUUCAAGACCAAGUACAAGAUCGACAUCAGAGAGAACCCAAAGGCUUACAACAGAGUUAUGACCAGUGCCGAAAGAUUAAAGAAGGUCUUGUCUGCUAACACCGCUGCUCCAUUCAGUGUCGAAAAUGUCAUGAACGAUGUUGACGCUAGUUCCCAAUUGUCCCGUGAAGAAUUGGAAGAACUUGUCAAGCCAAUGUUGGAACGUGUCACUGAACCUGUCACCAAAGCUUUGGCUCAAGCUGGUCUAACCAAGGAUGACGUUGACUUCGUUGAAAUCAUCGGUGGUACUACCCGUAUCCCAACUUUGAAGAACUCCAUCUCCGAAGCUUUUGGCAAGCCAUUGUCUACCACUCUAAACCAAGACGAAGCUAUCGCCAAGGGUGCUGCUUUCAUCUGUGCCAUCCACUCCCCAACUUUGAGAGUUAGACCUUUCAAGUUCGAAGACAUUCACCAAUUCUCCGUUUCUUACAAGUGGGACAAGCAAGUUGAAGAUGAAGACCACCUAGAAGUCUUCCCAGCCAACUCUAACUUCCCAUCAACUAAGUUGAUUACUUUGCACCGUUCUGGUGACUUCUCCAUGGAGGCUAACUACACCAACAAGGAAGAACUGCCACCACAUCUAGAUGCCAACAUUGCUAAGUGGGACAUCACCGGUGUCCAAAUCCCAGAAGGCGAAACCUCUGUUCCAGUCAAGUUAAAGUUGAGAUGUGACCCAUCCGGUUUGCACAUCAUUGAAGAAGCUUACUCCUUGGAAGACAUUGUCGUCAAGGAAGAAGUUCCACUUCCAGAAGAUGCUCCAGAGGAUGCCGUUCCAGAAGUUAAGGAAGUUACCAAGACUGUCAAGAAGGACACUUUGGAAAUCACCGCCCACACUUUCACCUUGGCUGAUGACAAAUUGAACACUUUGAUCGAAAAGGAAAACGACAUGACUGCUCAGGACAGAUUGGUUGCUGAAACCGAAGACCGUAAGAACAACCUAGAAGAAUACAUCUACACUCUUCGUGGUAAGCUUGAUGAAGAAUACUCAGACUUCGCUUCCGAUGCUGAAAAGACUAAGCUAAAGGACAUGCUUGCCAAGGCUGAAGAAUGGUUGUACGAAGAUGGUUUCGACACUAUCAAGGCUAAGUACAUUGCUAAGUACGAAGAAUUGGCUGCCAUCGGUAACGUCAUUAGAGGUAGAUACUUGGCCAAGGAAGAAGAAAAGAAGCAAGCUCUUAGAGCCAAGCAAGAAGCUGCUAACCUAGCUGCUUUGAGUGAAAAGUUGGCUGCUCAAAGAUCUGCUGACUCCGAAGCCAAGAAGGAUGCUACUCCAGAAGGCGAUGCUCAAAUGGAUUUGGAUUAA